AUGUGGGAACCAGUAGCUCUUCCCUUCCAGAACUCCCAGCCUCUGCCUACACUACCCAAAGCAGAUGAGAUCCGCGCUUGCACCAAUGUUUUAUUCGAAACUCACGGCACCAAGGUUGUGGCAGUGAGCGAGAAUGUCGUUGCAAAAUAUGGAAGUUAUGUAAAUGACUGGGAAGGCCAGGCUUUGGUUUACCUUGAACGAUAUGUCCCAGAAGUUCCGGCCCCUCGACUGUACGCGAUGUAUCGUGACUCCAAACAACUUUUUUUAAUUAUGCAACGCGUUCCCGGGGUGUCACUGGAUUCUAUUUGGUCAUCACUGGCACAGUCUGAGAAGGAUGAUAUUGUCGCAAAACUUCAAAUAAUAUUUGACGCAAUGCGAAAGGUCGAGUGUCCAUGGCCCAACUUUUUUGGAGGCAUGGACGGGGGCGGCGUACAUCACUACCUAUUCUAUAGCCAGCAUGGCGAUAAUAAAUUUCUAGGGCCUUUCUCCGACGAACCUACCUUCGUUGCAGGCCUUGUCGGUAAUUACAGAGCCUUAGUCGACCGCAAUAAUCACCCAGAUUAUAAGGCUCGCUUUUACGAAAAAUAUCUCCCUCGCGUCCUUCAAGGUCACCGGCCCACCUUAACGCAUGGGGACGUUCAGCAAAAGAACAUUAUGGUGGUGGAGAACACGAGUCAUCUAAAUGAUGAGCGAUCAUUUGACGUCGUACUAGUUGAUUGGGAGAAUGCCGGUUGGUUUCCUGAUUUCUGGGAAUUUUUUUGUGCAUCCUUCCCCCUUCAUUUCCAAUGGGAUGAAGACUGGUCCUGGCGAGUCCAGGAGUUUGUUCAGGUAUGGCCCGCCGAGAUGGCCGUAAUGCACCUGAUUGACAGGGAGCUAGGCUGGUGA